CGUGGUUCCUCCUAGCAAUGACAAUGACAUGGAGAAUGUAGAUUCUGAUCAUGUCAACGAGCAGUCCGAGAUCCUUGUGAGUCCAACUGAUGCUUUGGAGAUGGAGGUUUCAGAUCUCCCUCUAGAACGUUGCAUGAGGAUAGUGCCCCAUGAUCAGAACACUGGAGCUUUUUUCAUUGCAAUUCUUCAGAAAGUAUCCCCUCUUCCUGCGGUUUCAAGUUCCACCAAACCGAAGGAAACUUUAACAAACGGGAAUCACAAGUUACCCUUGAAGGUAUCAGAUGAGGUACCCAGAGAAACUAAUAGCGCAGAACCAUCCGCUAUAUCAAAUGUGGAAUCAUCAGAUGGAAAAACAGAGGUUGGUGCUACAGGACUUAAUUCUCGUGAGGUAGUCGAAGAAGAAAAUGAGAAAGAACACACAGAGAAUGUGAAUGCAGAGACGGACACUAAGAAAGCUGGAGGUAACCGGAGGUUGCAAAAUCAAGGCAAGUGGAGAGGUGUUGAUCCAGUUGUUUUUUUCCGGGAGGACACUGUUCUUAGUAGUAUUAAGGAUUUCUAUGGAAUCAGUGAUUCAUUCCCAUUGAAUGAUCACCUUGUGACGCGAAAUACUGAUUUCCAGAGUUGUAAGAGAAUUUACUACAUUUCAAAGUCAGUUCAGGAUGUUAUGAAGCUGAAUUUUCAAGUCGGGCAACAACUGAAGAUAAUAUCUAUUGGUCUAAAGGCCUUUGAGCGACAAACAGUAAAAGAAGAUAGUGCUUCCGAAUGCAUGUACCGUAUAUCGUCUGAAGGAUUACCAUUACUUCUUCCUUACAUCAGCAAGCAAAUCCUAUGUGCAUCCUUGGCGGACUUCAAGCACCUGUUGCAGUACAGGUCUAUCAAAUUUCAAGAUUUUGUCAAUCCUCAAUUUGGCGAGAAGGCAUCAUCGGAGAUUAAGUUAGGGUGUUGUAUUGUUGUACUGCAAACAGAAGAUCAACCUACUUCAAAACCUAUGGAUGCAUCGACAAUAGCUAUUGGUUGUUGGAGAGGGAAGUCCAGUGUAAGUGUAAUGGUUCCAGAAACAGACUGCCAAGAACUUCUUGAGAGGCUUUCUGCACGUUUGGGGUUCGAGAUGGUUCCGGUGAAAGAAAAACCAACAGUUAGGAGAGGAAAGAAAGAUGAUGCUGAAGAGAAGCUAGUGAAAGAACCAGUAGAAGAAGAAGCUAUAGUUGGUUGAGUUAUUGAACAUUUUUCGUGUUUUAUUUUUCGUCACUUUUACUUACCAGUUUGAUUCAGCUGUAUUUGCAAUUAUAUGAUUCUUUUGCCAGAAAUUUGUAGUGAAAUCUGUUAUCAAAUAACUUGCUUCAUCUUGAAUAGAAAAAGUUAGAAACUAGUCUUGAUUUUCGUCAGGAUCUAGACCAAGAUUA